AUGCCAAACCAAGAUAGCCAAAGCAAUAAUAACGCCGCAGAUGGCGAACAGUUACCUCCCAUUCGUCUUGCAGGUGAAUCGAUGGAACAAUCCUUUGACAGAGUUGCAAGGGAAGCUCAGAGAUCGAGGGUAGCUCCUGAUAGCCUUCUUGCACAUUCAAUACCUCGCGUAUGGGGAAAUUCAGCGGAGCGCGUGCAUAUGCACGGUAAUCCUCAAGCAAAUAAUAACGCAAGUUGCUAUGUAGUUACCGCAAAUCCACAAUAUAGAAGUGGAACAAGUACAUCUCAUGGCUCUGGCGUGGUGACAUCCAAUGGUAAUGCAUCACGCCAGUCAAACCCAGGAGCUCAACGUGAUGAUUGCGGUUGGGGUACCGCCAGUCCGCAUGCUCAGAAUACGCGAACAAGCGCAUGGAAUGGUCGCGAUCAAUCAGGUGGAGCAAAUUUCCACAGUGAACGUAGGGGCGACUAUCAAUAA